AUGACUGUUCUCCCCAAGCUGUUUACCAUUGAAGGCAAGGGCCUCAAGCUCGAUACCGCCGCGGAUGUCGAGCCUCAUAUCCAAGAUCUUCGAGCCAACGAUGUUGAGGAGGUCAGGUUGCUUGGCAACACCCUGGGUGUGGAAGCUUGCAAAGUUAUUGGAGAAGUUCUGGCUACCAAGAAGAACUUGAAGAUUGCCAACCUCGCCGACAUUUUCACAGGCAGACUGCUGAGCGAAAUCCCCGAGGCACUCUCUUCGCUGCUAACUUCCAUCCUCAACCACCCAAACCUCCACACCGUCAAUUUGAACGAUAACGCAUUUGGCCUCAACACACAAGCCCCCCUCGUCGCUUUCCUCUCCGCCCACGUGCCGCUGCAGCACCUGUACCUUAACAACAACGGCCUCGGCCCCCACGCCGGUAUCCUUGUCGCCGAUGCUCUUUCAGAGCUUCAUGCCAAGAAGGAAGCCGCUCGCAAGGAGGGCAAGCAGGUUCCCGACUUGGAGACAGUCAUCUGCGGCCGCAACCGACUGGAGAACGGUAGCAUGACCGCCUGGGCCAAGGCGUAUAAACUUCACAAUAAGAUCCAGCACAUCAAGAUGGUUCAGAACGGUAUUAGGCAAGAGGGAAUCUCUCAUCUCAUCAGCGAGGGUUUGGUUCACGCCACCGAGCUGCAGAUCUUGGAUCUCCAGGACAACACUUUCACUUUCACGGGUGCCAGAGCCCUCGCCAACGUCGUCACAAAUUGGACUGUCGUUCGCGAGCUGGGUAUUGGCGAUUCACUUUUGAGCGCCAAGGGCGGUGUCCUGUUUGCGAAGGCUUUGGCUAAGGGCAAAAACCAGAAAGUCGAAAUUUUGCGACUGCAGUACAAUGAUAUCACCGCGACUGGUGUCAAGGCCUUCGCUGCCGCAGCCAAGGACGCGCUACCGGCCCUGAAGCGCAUAGAAUUGAAUGGAAACAAGUUUGACGAGGAUGACGAGUCCAUCCUCUUUCUGCAGGAGCUUCUUGACCAGCGUAAGGAGAAGCUCGCCGGAGAUGUGAUCAAUGAGGACGAAUGGGGUAUUGACAGCCUGAGCGAUCUCGAAGAGCUUAGUGGGGAUGAGGAGGAAGAGGAGGAGGAGGAGGGCGUCACUGCUGAGGAGCUUGCCGAGAAACUGGUCAAGGAGGCUGAGGAGGCUCAGGAGGAGCCUGUGGUCCAGCUCAAGGACAAGGAGGUCGAGGCUCUCGCUAAGAAGCUUGAGAAGGCCGAAAUUUAG